GUGUACACCCUUCCUUCUCCUUCCCCGCACACUCCCUCCUCUCUCUCUCUCUCUCCCUCUCUCUCUAGGCAGCCGACAGCCGCCAUCCCGGAGGCAUCACCAGCACGGUGACGGAGCCUCGAGCACCAUUCCCAUGGCGGACAAGAUCUCCACUAUCGUCCUCAAGGUUGACCUUGAAUGCGAGAGAUGCUACAAGAAGAUCAGAAGAGUCCUCUGCAAGAUCCAAGACGAGAUGAACAUCAAGACGAUCUCGUUCGAUGAGAAGAGCAAUGCCGUGACGAUCUCCGGCCCGUUCGACGCCGAGAAGGUCUGCAAUAAGCUCUGCUGCAAGGCCGGCCGGGUCAUCAAGGAGAUGGACAUCAAAGGCAAGGAGAAGGAUGCCAAGGCCAAGGACGGCGGCGGCGACAAGGCGAAGGCCGCCGGCAAACCGGCUGAGAAGGACGCCGGCAAGCCGGAGAAGGCCAAGGAAGGCAAGGAGGGCGCCAAGGCCGAGAAGGAGGGCAAGGGCGACAAGGAGUCGAAGGGCGACAAGGCGGAGGCCAAGAAGGUCAAGUUCGACCUCCCCGACGCGCCCCCCGCCGGGGACGCGAAGCCCGGCAAGGCCAUGGCGAUGCCGCCCAAGGCCGACCUCGGCCCGCUCCUGGAGAAGAUGAUGGCGGCCAAGGCCGGGCCCGAGCCGAUCGCGCCGGCGAUGGUGCCGGGCGCCGCGCAGGGCGUGGCCGUGCCGUCCAUCUGGCCCGCGCCGGCCGGGUCCGUGUCCGGCUACGGCUACAACCCGGGCUACGACGCGCCGUCGCACUACGGCGGCGGCUACGGCGCCUACGGCUGCGGCUGCGGCGGGUACAACGGGUACUGCCGGUGCGGCAAGCCGGCCGCGCCCGGCGGGUACUACGGCAUGCCGGUGUACGACAGCCAGGGGUGGUACUACGGCGGCGGCGGCCGGCAGCCGUACUACGGGCAGCAGCAGCCGUGCUGCGAGGACCCCAACGCCGGGUGCAGCGUCAUGUGACGGCGAUGCGCCCAUGGCUGAUGGACAGACAGAGCAAUCAGUGUGUGGUCACACUCCCAUGGCCAGUGCUGGAUGAAGAAGAAAAAAUCUCCUUUAUUUUUUCUGUGUCGCGGUGUUCUUGUUUAUGCCUGUGGUGGUUGUUUAUGUAGGGAGUUUGAGUUGUGCAUGUGAACAGGUAAGCUGUGAUGCUUGCGGCUAUGGUGUCUAGCUUCUCUCUCCUUUUUUUUUCGCGUCUGUGAUGAACUAUAAGUCUAUAUAAUGAGAAUAUAGCAGUAGUAUAUUUAGAUGAAA